AUGUUUCUUCGUCCGUUAUCUAAGUUAACCUAUGGAAUUAGUUAUCAGUCUAAUGCAAAAUUUUCGGUUUCACGAUUACUAAUUGAAUUCCGAAUGCCGGAUAGUUGUGUACGCUCUCGUACGUUUCAUAGAUCUGCGUGCAUGAUGGUUGAACAAUCAAGAGGAGGAGAAAAGUUCAAAGGAGAAGAGAGACGGCAACGUAAUGUAAUCUUGCCGGUAACACCGGUUUCAGAAUUAAAGGAUAGACCAUUCCCGAAGACUGCAGCUUGUUUAGUGAUCGGUGACGAAAUUCUCAAUGGAAAAACUGUAGACAUAAAUUCGGGAUUUUUCGUCAAAUAUUGUUUCAAUCUUGGAAUUGACGUCAAAGGAAUAGAGGUCAUCCCUGAUGAGGAAGAGAUUAUCAUUGAAGCAGUUAGACGUCUCAGCAGUAAACACGACUUCGUUGUUACUAGCGGGGGAAUAGGGACCACACAUGAUGACAUUACCUAUCCGUCAAUAGCACGAGCGUAUGAUCUCCCGCUAAGGUACCAUCAACCAACACUGGAUCGCAUGAGGAGCAUGACGAAAGGCAGUCAGUUAAUGCAAUACGAGUCACAUAAACGCAUGGCUCUCUUUCCCGAUCGGUCGCUCGUCAUAUUCCCCAGCGAAACUUUUUGGGUACCGAUAGUCAUUGUUAACGAGAACGUUCACAUAUUACCGGGAAUACCUCCGUUGUUUAGAGCUCUUUUAUCGGGAUAUGGCAGAUAUCUUCAAGGAAGGGAAAGAUUCGUUGCGAAAUAUGUGAAAACGUAUAGGAUAGAACCACAAAUUGCUCCGAUGUUGGCGUCGGUUCAAAAAAAAGUAGAAAGUCUCGGAAUCAAGAUAGGCAGCUAUCCGAAGUGGAAAGGGAGGAUGGUAGUAGUGAGCUUAUUGUCGAAGGAGAACAAGCGAGAGAUUAUGGAAGAAUUGGCCAGGGAAGUAGCGGAGAAGGACAACCUUAGACAUUUAUCACUUUCAAGAAAUAGGUCUUUCUGA